ACUGUGUACAACUGACUGAGAAGUGGGUACCCAUGGAGACAGGUUAGAUAUAAAUUCUAUCUAAAAUUCUUGUAGUUGUUAAAGUAAAUCAAGAUACAUUUCAUAAUAGUUAAAAGCUGUCAUAAUUGUUAAAGUAAAUCAAGAUACAUUUCAUAAUAGUUAAAAGCUGUCAACUAAAUUAAAAGAUGUAUUUUAAAAUAUCAUCAUCUAAAUCCAGCAUAAUUCAUGUUAAUAUGAUUUUUGUUAAAAACAUAAUACUGUCAAGCUCUUCAGAUAUAAACCAGUAUGCACAAGUAUUUACCCUUAGAUUGAAUGAUGCUAAAAUAUUGUCAUAUAAAGAAGAAAAAAAUUACUCAAGAUAAAAACUUUUCAAAUUCUUAUCACAAAACACCUAAAUAAUAAAAGUUAAUGAUUCUAAAUUUUUGUCAAUUAUGUUUGUCUUGUACAAAGUGUAGUUAUUCAUGCUAAAAACAAAUUUUAAAAUUCAUUAUUUGGUUCAAAUAUUUGUCGGUUAUAUUAAUUUUUUAUGAGAAUAUGUUUGAUUUUUUUGUACAUUUGUUUCUGGUGCACAUUUCUUAAUAAGCAUAGAUCGGGUAUACUGACUUGAAUCAUUUAAUAUUUAUUUGUUACAGGUAAGAAAACAUGUUUAAAAUUAUGCCUGUGUAUUUUAUAUCUUAUAACAAAGCAAACACUGUAGCUGCUAUUAUAUUGUUCUCCCAGUUGUUUUUGCUGCUGAUGUGAGAAUUAGCUUCAAUGACUUUCGCUCAACAAUGGUGGCAAACACAGACUCAAAGACUAUAAUCACCACAUCUCCUGGUGAGGAAUAAAAAUGAAACAUCUUCUAAAACCCAGGGUUUGAAUAUAAAUUUUAAAAAUUGACAACUUCAAAUUUGAUUUAAUUGAACAAUCUUUAAUAUUUAUUAUCUAUAGCAUUGAAAGGAUGUUGUGAGUUGCCAAAUAAUCUAACCCAGUGAUUCCCAAACGUUUUUGAAGCUAUGUUUUCCCAAGGUGCCCUAUGUCAAAUUCCAACAAAGACAUUGCGAAAUGGCAAAUAAAUUUUUAGAAAAUAAGCAUUAGUUAAAAAUAAAAUAAAGCAUUUUAUUUAAGAUCACAAGGGGCUUAUAAUAACAAUUUGAAGGGGCUUUGAAAACUGCUAUAACUAGAUUUAGUGUCCCAUUACAAUGAAUUAAACAUAAAAUUAUGUGCAUUUUUGGAAUCACUGAUAUAACCCAUAAAUACAUUUCAUCUGUAAAAUAAAAUUUUAUAAUGUUGCAGACACUUAUGAAGCUUUAAGUUUACAAGAGUUUACUAGGAGUCAAAGUUCAAUGUUCUGCU